CUUCAAGCGAUUCAGUACCUCCUAAUUAGUUUUCCUUUAUAAUUAUGAUUUAAAAAUUAUUGCUUUUUAAUUCAACUAUAAGCAGUGUUUAUGUUCAUUUUUUUUAUUAUUUCCCCAUAAUUAAGCGACAGCUUAUUCUGAGCUUGUCGCGAACUCGACUGAAAAUGCCUUACUUCAGGAUACACAGACACAGCAUCCUUUUGCCAUAUCGUUUACGGACAGAUCAGUUAGAAAAACACUGGUGGCAAGUUGAAAUUGGGCAUUACUAUUUUGUAAUUUGUGUUAUAAAUGCAUACUGAAUUGCUUCCGUGUAAUUAUAGUCGAAUUUUGUUAAUUCAAUGAGUCAUUUGCUUUUUGCCUACUACGUUUACAACGACAUACGCUCUUUUCAGACGUUAUUGAAACAAGAUGAUAUAAAAUUACGAGAGGCAAGAAAGGGUGCAUCCGAGAAAAGUUCGUCCAAGUUGAAUGUAAAUACAAAAGAUCGUUAUGGACGCACCGUUCUUCAUAUAGCUGCAUUCGACAACAAAAACAGCUUUGUUAGAGCCUUGUUGCGACAUAAAAAUAUAGAUGUGCUUAUCCAAGAUGAAGAAUCUGGUUAUACCGCUUUGCAUCGUGCUAUUUACGUAGGAAAUCUUGAAGCUGCCUCUUUGUUACUCUCGAAAGAAUCUUCUAAUCUUUUGAAAAUUAAGGAUCAUGAAGGGUUGUCUCCUUUUCAAUUACUGUAUAGAAUUUACCCUGGGGCUCAUCCACAAAUUAAUUAUCCAAUCUUAGGAAAUGAGCUUUACAGUCUUGGGAAUAAUGAAAAUAGUAUUCUUGGGUUUACGGUUUCGGGAAGUCAGGAAAUGGCUAAAAGAGUAUUUCUUUAUCGUAAGCAAACUUCCGAUUCAUUAUCUGGUCAACUUUUUGCCCCAGAUAAAAUCAUUGACAUUCAGUCCUCAAAAUUUCACAGUCUGGUUAUCACGGAUGAGCCGAGCCCAAAUGUAUAUUCAUGUGGUAUUGGAGCUGGUGGUAGACUUGGUUUCAGAAAAGACGCCCAAUAUACUUUUACUCCUGUGUCAGACUUACCUUAUAAAGUGGUACAAAUAUCCGUAAGUCAAAAUCACUCUCUUGCUUUAACAGAUAUUGGAAAUGUGUACGCAUGGGGCUUAAAUUCCUAUUCUGCCCUAGGAUUCAACGUUGAUGGUUCAAAAAAAGAGGAUUCUGUUCAAGUAUCCCCUAAACGAAUUUCCGCAUUAAAAGACUUGUAUAUCAUCGGGAUUGCCGCAGGCGACACAUAUAGCGCUGCAUGGACGAAUUCUGAUUUGUACACUUGGGGCCAAAAUGAGGGGCAGCUUGGUCAUCCAGAUGAUUCCUUCAUAAUAUCUGCUCCACGUCGAGUGGCCGGUUUAACAUCCUCUGUGGUGAAGGCUACUUGUACUUCACAUAGCAUUAUAUUAUUAUUGGAGAAUAACAGUAUACUAAUCCUAUCGAACUAUAAGCAACUGAAGGUUCCCGUGGCUGUUGAUUUAGAAAGUCCAUUAACUUUUACUAAACAUGCUUUAUCACUAUCACGGUUUAAUGUAAGAAAAAUAGUGGCUUGUGAGGAUAAUCUGGCGAUACUUACUGAGCAAGGAGAGGUUUUUGUUAUUGACUUAAUACCCUUGCGGUCAGGAAAAGAGCAAAAGUUGGCUUCUUUGUUUAUGAAGAGUAAUAGCAAAAAUUCACUCAAGAUUACUUCGUUUUGGACUGUAUUGUCUCCAGAAAGUGCAGCGAAUGAUGUUGCUUGGGCUGACAAUAGUAGUCUUUUGUUAUGCCUGAAAAAUGGCACGUGUUGGAUACGUCAAAUUCGUUCUAAGAAACGUGAGAAAGCCUCCUUAAAGCAAAGCACUAAAGGAACUUAUAAGUACUCUUGUAUUGAAAAUAUACAAAUGAUAACGAAUGUUCGAACUAAUGCUUCUGGUGGAAUAUUCACAAUCAGAAAUGAUUAUCGUCCUCCCCCUAUUCAUUUUACGGUUCCAGAAUUGAACGAUGUAUUCAGUUCUCUUCUUCCAUAUAAGAAUAUUUUGCAUAAGAGAAACCCUACAUUUAAACCAGCAGAAGACGAAGAUAGCCCACCUUAUUUUGACGAUGACCGUGAUCCCACGGAAGAUGAGAUUCAAACAUUAUUUUUUAAUCCGGGAAUAAUAGUAAAUAGCUAUAGGACCUUUAAAGCUUCAUCAGCUGAUGUACGUCUUAUAUGCGUUAAUGAGACUUUUUGGAGCCAUAAAUUUCUUUUGUCAGCUCGUUCAUCCAUACUUCGUCGGAUGUUUCGUACGAAUAAGGAUGUAAAAAAGACAACUUUGGAUUUUCGGGUUGAUAAAGAAGGGGAAUCUACUUUAAUUUUCAAUGAUGUAUCUGCUACAAGCGUUGCGGUACUUUUGCACUAUCUUUACUCAGACUCUCUUCUUCAACCCUGGCAAUGGGAUUCAAAGUUUUUGAAUGUUAAAGAAGAAUUACUAAAACUCAGCAGGUCUUUAGACUUGCCCCACCUACAAGAGGUUUUACCAUUCACAGUCCCUCGCCAGCCUUCAAUGUCUUUAGCCAGAGACAUAAAUGCUCUCUUUUUAAGCAAGAGCAUCUUUGAUGAUUCAUCUGAUACGGUUAUUAAACUGGAGGAUGGUGAAUUGAAAGCGAACAGUUUAUUACUGAGGAUUCAUAGUGAUUACUUCGAUUCGUUUUAUACAUUCCUAGAAGAGCAAGCACAACAUAAAGCAGAAAAAUAUGUAGUUAAUUUACCAGAUAAGAAUACUUUCCAUUUUGGACUCAUCCUUCGACAUAUAUAUGGAAAUGGAAGUUUAGAAAUUUUUAAUGAUCUUAAGGAUCAUGAUUUUUACAGCUGGUUGGAGACGAUGACCGUUAUGUUGAGUAUAUCUGAUGAACUUUUAUUUUAUCGACUAAAGGAAAUUUGUGAGCAAUCUUUGCUUCAAUUUCUAAAUCUGAAAACACUGAAUGAUAUGCUAGAAUUAUCUUCUUGCUAUCACGCAGAAUCAUUAUAUAGUCGAUGUGUUGAUUAUGCCUGUCACAACAUAGGCUAUUUUUUGGAAAAAAAUCGAUUAAGUGAAUGGGAGAACAAACAUCUUGCCAAUGUAUCAAAGCGUUUACAUUCAAGUUUGCAAGAACAAAGAUUCCACACACAACCUAGUAAGGUGCUUAAUAAGCUGCUUUUCAGAAAUUCCAAAUAUUUAGAGGAAAAAGCAUAUGAAUUAAAGGUUUUGCGGGAGUUUCUCUUUUCAGGUGAAUCAACAGAAUUUUGGGAUAAGUCUCCUUAUAGGACAACGAAAGAAAGUAAUGCUUCUCUUAUUCAAACGCAGCCGCCAAUCGCUAAGGACUUAUUUGAACAAAAGGUUGAACCAGUCAGAGCUGUUGAACUUGAGUCAAGACAGGAGAAGAAUCUUAAUCCUCUGCUGGACAAGGGAAGCCCGGAAACAUUGGAACCUCCAUCAAGCCUGUUGCCUUCAUACAGUGGAAAAAUCACAUCGCCAUGGACACCCGUUGCCGGAAACAUUAAUAGAUCACCUGUAAUGAAUGAUGAUCAUCAAAUAAGUCCUUCGAAUAAUGAGAGAAAAGGGCCUUGGAAAACUCCAAAUUUAGUUGACAAUGCAAAGAAGCCUCCGAAUCGAGCCAACCUGAGGGAGUUGCUUGAAGAAGCUAAUAACGUGAGCCCGUCUACAACUAAUAAUGAGUUUCGUGGUAUGAAAGGUUUAAUGAAGAGGUCGCAGAAAGAGAAGAAAAAAGAGUUAUCUAAGCAGCAACAGCCAAUUCGCAAGGGAACAGCGCACGAUUUGAGUGUGGAACCUGUUGAAACAUCAACAAACGCUUGGUCAACCAAAAAGCCUACCGUUUCUUCGGCUACUAAAAAACCGUUUAAUGGGAUUCUUCGAGAAGUAGCUAGUGAUGAAACACCUAGCCAGGUAUUUUAUAAGGAACCAAAGAGGCGUAUAUCCAGCGGUUCUCCGUCUAGUUGGAGUUUAUUAGGAAAACCGCCCAUUCAACAACCUUCAUCAUUGCCUAAGAGUGGAGCCCAGCCAAAUUCCUUGAUGGCGAUUAUGUAUGAGCAGCAAGAAGAAAUUGAGGAGCGUAAAAGACGACUGGCAAGCAGAAAAACGAUAGAGGAAAUCCAACAGGAGGAAGAAUUUCAAAAGUGGUGGGAAGAGGAAAGUCUUAGGGUUCAAAAGGGGCUCGGAAUGAUAAAAUCAAAGGAAUCGAAUGAAAACCCUUCUCAAAGAAGAAAGCCAAAGAAAAGCGACAGAAAGAAUGGCGCUUCCACCGGUAAAUCAAGCUCUCAGCCUAUUGAUAUUCCUCUCUCAAGUUUUAAGAAGGGUAAAAGCCGAAUAUAUCGGUAAAUAAGUCUGUAAUUUAGAAUCAGAAGGUAUUAUCCUUAUAAAAAAAUGUGCAUGAUGAGAAUAUUCAUAAAAUACUUAUUUAUUUCGUGCUAGGUUGUCUGGCAAUUACUUAAUGGAUAUGGAACGAAAUUUAUUUAACUAUCGGGAAAGGUUGUAAUAAUUCAAAGCAUUAUUUUUACACCAUAGAUGAGUAGUUUCGUGAAAUUACAUACUCUCAAAGAAUCAGACAUAG